GCUCUCUAUUUGUAAAGCAAGCAUCCACACACCUGCCGAGAACUUCCGGAGGACUCAUUUCACACCUAACUUCGUGCGCCCUAAGGCGCCACGUGGUGCACACCUGCGCGUGCGCACUGCCACCGGGACCGGCCUACGUGACGCGCCUCGGGGCGGCAAUGGCGAUGGCCCGGCGAAGCCUAGAAACGGGAGUGAGGCGGCGCCGAGCUGACGGCCCAGCGCCCCAGAACAAUUCGGGGCUGCCUCCUACAGAGAGGGUCCGCGCGUCCACCCCGCACCCGUCCCCGACCCGCGCGCUGCCAAAACGGGCGCGAGAACUUGCCGGGCCUCCAGGGCGUCCGCCGCACCCCGCCCCCGCGCACUCCGAUUGGCUCCGGGGCCCGGCCCGCCCCUUCCCGGUGCUCUCAUUGGCCUAGGCGGAGCCGUGCGGGAGGGAGCCGCAUCGCCCUUUUCUCACUUCUAUUGGUUUAGUGGUGAGGCCUGUCCCUUCCCAGCGCUCUCAUUGGUCGAGAGGAGACUCCGGGGGUGGGGCCGGCCGGGGGCGACUACAACAAAGGGCGGCGGGUGGAGGGCGUCAGUGACCGCGUCUCCCGGAGCUCUUCUCAGGCCGAGCCCUGGCCCCCUGCCUGCCCCGCUCCAGAUGAAGUGUGAGCACUGCACGCGGAAGGAAUGUAGUAAAAAAACAAAAACCGAUGACCAAGAGAAUGCAUCAGUCGACGUACCAAGUCUGGCCCUGGAGAACAGAGAGAAGGGAGAAUUCCAUAAGUUGGCCGAUGCCAAGAUAUUUCUGAGUGACUGCCUGGCGUGUGACAGCUGUGUCACUGCAGAGGAAGGGCUCCAGGUCUCCCAGCAGAACGCCAAGGACUUCUUUCGAGUUCUGAACCUUAAUAAGAAAUGUGAUACCUCACAGCACAAGGUGCUGGUGGUGUCGGUGUGUCCUCAGUCUCUGCCUUACUUUGCUGCCAAAUUCCGCCUCAGCGUGACUGAUGCAUCCAGAAGACUCUGCGGCUUCCUCAAAAGUCUUGGGGUGCACUAUGUCUUUGACACAACGAUCGCUGCGGAUUUCAGCGUGCUGGAGAGUCAGAAGGAAUUUGUGCGUCGCUUCCGCCAGCACAGCGAGGAGGAGCCUGCGUUGCCCAUGCUCACCUCCGCCUGUCCGGGCUGGGUCCGAUAUGCCGAGCGGGUGCUGGGCCACCCUGUCACCCCCCACCUCUGCACCACUAAGUCUCCCCAACAGAUCAUGGGCUCUCUGGUGAAGGAUUACUUCGCUAGACGGCAGAACCUGUCCCCAGACAAGAUUUUCCAUGUUAUCGUGGCCCCUUGCUACGAUAGGAAACUGGAGGCCCUUCGAGAAGACGUUCCCACAGCUUUGCACGGCUCCCGGGGUGCUGACUGCGUACUAACCUCAGGUGAAGUCGUUCAGAUAAUGGAGCAAAGUGACCUCGUGGUAAAAGACGCUGCCGUUGAUACUCUGUUCGGAGGCCUGAAGGAGGAGGAGGUGAGGCGCCAUGAUGGAGCCAGCUCCGACGGGUACCUGGCGCACGUCUUCAGACACGCCGCCAAGCAGCUGUUUGACGAGGACGUGGGGGAGCUCACCUACCGCACCCUGAGGAACAAAGACUUCCAGGAGGUCACCCUUGAAAAGAACGGGGAGGUUCUGUUACGCUUUGCUGCUGCGUACGGCUUUCGAAACAUCCAGAAUGUGGUUCUGAAAUUGAAGAAGGGCAGGUUCCCGUACCACUUUGUGGAGGUGCUCGCCUGCGCCGGGGGGUGUUUGAACGGCAGGGGCCAAGCCCAGGCGGAGGAUGGGCGCGCAGACAAGGCGCUGCUGCGGCAGAUGGAGGGCAAGUACGCGGACGUCCCCGUGCGGCCCCCCGAGACCAGCGCCCACGUGCAGGAGCUGUACCGGGAGUGGCUGGACGGGGCCGACUCCCCCAGGGUCCGGGAGGCCCUGCACACCGUGUACCAGGGCCCGGGGCUCCCUGCCGCCAGCCGAGACAUCAAGUGGUGAAGGUGGGCAAGGCUGGGAAGCGGGCCCCGCCACCGCCCAGGGAGGGAGACGCUGGAGGAGAACCGCUCCGCUUCUCAGUCAUCACUGUGCUUUCCGGAGCUCUCUCCCCCUGUGUGUAGGCGGCUCCCUCACUCGGUUUGACGUGGUGCUAUCUUUGUAACGUGUGUUCAACUGGCAUAUUUUAACAAGAGAGGAGGAUUGCCCCAAUUCAGUACCCUUUUAUCUUAAGACUGAAAAAUAUCCCAAAGAACAAAAAUAGAGACAGACUACUAUCUUUUAGGCUUAAAAAAAGAAAUCUAAAAAGUGUCCUGCGAAGAGCUAAGACCCCAGAAGUUCAGAUUCACGUGCCUCAGAGCGAUGUGACGUGGAAAAGAGAUGAGAGGCGGGCAGGCUGCGGGGGUGGUGGAGCCACGGUCCCUGGUCUGCCCGACUUGGCUCUUACUUCACCCACUUACGUUACUCCUGAAAACAUUUUUGCCAGAACGUGAAUAAAUUGCAUCCUUUCGGAAUCGGGGGGCUCGUGUACAGAGCUGGAUUUCCGGAUUUUCUGGUAGCAGUGGGCCACGUUCCUCGCCGCUGCAGUUGUCAGAGAGCGGUAGCAACUGCCUCCUGGGACCAGACCUCUGGCCAGGGGGCCCCAGACUUGCACUUUUACAUUCUGCCUUUAAGGAGAACUCCCCUCGAGGUCGGGGAGGCCUGGCAAGGGGGACGGAAGGACGGAGGACAGACUGGCUGCCCCGCUCGGGCCAGGGUGUGUGAUCGGGAGGCUUUCAUCUCAGUCCCUCCCCAGCGGGGUUAGCAGGGGACAGCCCCCCCCGACCUUUGCCGUCUGAGUGACUGUCAUCCUGCGGCCCGCGCCGCUCCUGUGAGCGCCUUAAAGAAGGGAUAGAACGUGGUUUCCCCGCAAUACAAACAAGGGCUAGCAAGCAGCCAGAAACCUCCAGAACCGUGGCGCUCCACAUCUGGGCUCGUCCUCCAAAAGAAAGACAUCUGCGAGUGGCCUGGGUUUGGUUUUUCAAAGCACUUGGAUUUGGUAAACACGAGUGAUGUUGAUCCUCUUGAGUCCUCCGUGCCGUCACGCCCUGGUGGGCUCCAUUUCCUUCAUCGUGUUCCGUAUCCUGUCCGGCUUGAUAGCCGGCUAGGGCGUGAAAUCGUACAUUUUUCCUUUCCAUCUGGUCACGACCGGUGUCAUCCUCCACAGAGCUGACUGCGGAAUAAACAGUUGAAUGUGUCUGAGUGUGGAGAGUGUGUCGAGAAGAUGCCCCUUCCCGCUGGGCCACGUGCCCCCUCGCCUCACUGUGGCCCAGAGUAGGAGCGCUGUCCUUGCUCUCAGGGGACGCAGAAAGCCACGAGUCAGGUGUGGGGGCUGCGCCUCUCGCUUCAAAAGCAGUCUCUUCCAGGGGCGCCUGGGUGGCUCAGUCGGUUAAGCAUCUGACUUCAGCUCAGGUCAUGAUCUCACGGUUCAUGAGAUCGAGCCCCACGUUGGGCUCUGUGCUGACAGCUCGGAGCCUGGAGCCCGCUUCGGAUUCUGUGUCUCCCUCUUUUCUGCCCCUCCCCACUCACACUCUGUCUCUCUCUCUCUCUCUCAAAAAUAGGUAAACGUUAAAAACUUUUUUUUCUCCAAAAGCAGUCUCUUCCAGCUGCAGCAAAGCCCCCUGGUGGCCAGGGCCCAGGAUGACAGACCAGGUGUGAUCACACGAGGUGUGGGGUCUCAUCUGCCGCACAUCUUGGGGUUACGGCCACCUUUGUCCUAACUCCAGCCCUACGUGCAGAGAAGAGGGGGAGGCCCCACAGUCAAGCUGGGCUGGUGCACAGAGUGUCUGGUGGGCAGUGGUGGGGCCCACCAUGAGGAGGAGGGCCGAGUAAGUCCAGAUUCACGUUGCACCCAGGACCCGCUCUACGGAAUGCUGUCACUGGAGCCGUGGUGCUGCUAGCACCUCCUGUGGACCAUGACCGUGUCCGGCAGCUUUGUGUGCAUGGUGGCCGUCUUGAAUAGCUCUGCUCUCCAGUGCCCUGCAGAGCCCAGAUUUUUCCAUUGCACUUCCGCCUGGCCUUGGCCCGUGGGCCAGUCCCAGCCGUUGUAGACCCUGGUUCUUCUUCCUCGACUCUGCUGGACUGCGGAUCGGAACUCAGCCAUUGUCUACACCAUCAGUUUGAUGCUGGCCUAGGGUGUGGAGCAGGGGCACUGCCUGUGUGCCGGCCCCUGUGCUGCUGACCUGACGGUGUUCUCUGACCUCAGUUCCUGGCCCAAAGCGGAGCCUCUGGCUUCUGGACACUUGGUAUUUACAACAUCACCUCCUUUCCCUCGGGCAUUGCCUUUGUUCCCAGUCGGAAACGGGCAGAGCAGUUAAAACAGAUUUUUUAUGCACAAAUAGGGAAAUCUCUACAGGCACGUCACCAAGGAGUCCUCACUGUAGGCCCGUGUCAUAAUCCACGAGCAAAUGUGGGGGCUGGGCUCUUCUGGGGUGCUUGCCUGGGCCUCAAACCAGACAUGAGCCCAUUUGCACAAAGACCGGGGGGGAACAGGAAUGACGAGAAGGUUGAGCCCCGAGGCUCUGCAGCUGGCAGGAGCAGGACUGAAAUCCCAUCUGUGCAGCAGAGUUGUGAUGGACCCAAGGACCAGCUCCUCCCGCUCCCCUCAAGAGGACAGGGUCUUGCCAAGGUCACGUGGGAACAGACACAGAGGUAGGCCCCCGGCCCUUAACUCAGGAUUUGUAUGGAUCUGCUUUAAUAAUGAAAAGAAUUCACGUUUCCUGGCCGUGACAGUAUGAGCCCCUUUUGGUCUCCCUUUUUAAAAGCCAAGCUAGAGAGAGGAAGUACACGUUAAAAAGAGCAGAGAUCAGGAAAUCUCUAACAUGUUCCCUCUGCGGGGUCGGGGGAUGGGCAGGAGCCCUGCUGGGCCACCCACACAACCCCACUCAGAGGUCUGGACCUGGAGGGUCCCUGGAAAGGUAUGUGCCCAAGUGGAAGCUAUAAGAGCCCCAGGCCUCUGUGCACCCUGAGGGCAGACUCGCCCCUGCACCAGACCAUGCCCUCUAAGCCACAGGCAGCAGCGCAUAGGGACUAGGGGUGUCCUGGUGGACAUACAAGGAAAAGGUGACCGGUGACUGAGGAGGGGCCAGUGGUGUCAAAUGGAGACUGCAGCCAGGGGUCUCCACGUGAGCUCCCAAGUGGAGACCCUGGUCUGGGAAGCACCAGGCUGUCCUGCUGAGGGCUGCAUUGCUCACUACCUGGCACUGGGAGGACACAGAAGGGUCACAGGUGAGGCAGGUUCCACCGAGAUUUGAACUCGGAUCGCUGGAUUCAGAGUCCAGAGUGCUGACUGUUACACCAUGGAACCAUAAGACACCAGGGCUGCCGUCAGGCUACCCUUGGUCUGAGGGCACUGAGGGAAGAGACACCAAAGUGGGGAUCAAGGGAAGGGGGACAAAAAAGAAUUGUGUAGGUCCCACCCAGAUUUGAGCUCGGAUCGCUGGAUCCCGAGUCCAGAGUGCUGACCAUCAUACCGUGGAGCCGGCUGCUGCUGUGGGGCCUGCACACCCUGAUAGGGAGACAGAAGGGGACACGGAGAGUGAGGUCUGCAGGCUGCUUCCUGGGGAAAAAAAGAUGAGCCUGUAGCCGCGGAUGGUUUCACUCCAUAGAGCCCUGGGUUAUGGGCCCAGCACACUUCCAAUGAGCCACUCUGCUGCCCAGGCCCUGAAUGUGACAGGUCUGAUGGUCACAGCCCCUCCAGGCCAGGGGAUGAGAAUGGCAGGCUCCUACAGGGGCCGGAAGAGGGCAAGGCAGGUGCCCUUUACAAAUACAAGUGGAUUUCUGCUUUCCCUCCUUCAGUUUCCCGUGGAAAGAAAUCUCUGAAUUCAUGUCCUUUUCUGCUGUUAAAAACAAAAAGUCAAGAAACACAACCUUCAUAGCCCAGAGUGUCCGUGUCCCUGGGCAGUGGUGGCAGGUUCUGUGCUGCGGUGAUGGUGGUUGGAUUCUGGAAAGGAACAAAAACAAUGUUUUCCCCCAUCAUUUGAAAAGGACUCCUAAUUUGCAUGAUUAUGAAUAAACUUUUCUUUUAAUUCUAUUUCUUCUCUUGGUCUACUUCUUUUGUGUGACCAAUAAAGUUGUUUCUCCAAUACAAAACUGCUUUGUUAUGACCUCUUGCUGUCCAGUUGUAUAAUUUGAAAAAAAAUAAAACCCUGCACUUUCAA